AUAAGGCCCUGCCAGCUGGAAGCGGAGUCAUCGUGACCAGAGGGGUUUGUGUGGCUGAAGAGACAGGCAGGACCGUGGGGCCACAGCACAGGACCAUGCCAGGCACAAAACGGUUUCAACAUGUGAUUGAGACCCCAGAGCCUGGCAAGUGGGAGCUGUCAGGGUAUGAGGCAGCAGUGCCAAUCACGGAGAAGUCAAACCCACUGACCCAGGACCUGGACAAAGCAGACGCUAAGGAAAUUGUUCGAUUGCUGGGGCAAUGUGAUGCCGAGAUCUUCCAGGAGGAGGGGCAAGCCACGCCCACAUACCAGAGACUCUACAGCGAAUCAGUUCUGACUACCAUGGUCCAAGUGGCAGGAAAAGUUCAGGAAGUGCUGAAGGAGCCAGAUGGGGGGCUGGUGGUACUGAGUGGAGGGGGCACCUCUGGCCGGAUGGCAUUCCUCAUGUCGGUCUCCUUUAACCAGCUGAUGAAAGGUCUAGGACAGAAACCUCUUUAUACCUAUCUCAUUGCAGGAGGUGACAGGUCCGUAGUGGCUUCUAGAGAGAGAACAGAAGACAGUGCCCUGCAUGGGAUUGAGGAACUGAAGAAGGUGGCUGCUGGGAAGAAGAGGGUGAUCGUCAUUGGCAUUUCGGUGGGACUUUCUGCUCCCUUUGUGGCAGGCCAGAUGGACUACUGCAUGGACAACACAGCGGUCUUCUUACCAGUCCUGGUUGGUUUCAAUCCAGUGAGUAUGGCCAGAAAUGACCCCAUCGAAGACUGGAAUUCAACAUUCCGACAAGUAGCAGAGCGGAUGCAGAAAAUGCAAGAGAAGCAGGAAGCUUUCGUGCUCAAUCCUGCAGUUGGGCCUGAAGGUCUCAGUGGCUCCUCCCGGAUGAAAGGUGGAAGUGCCACCAAGAUCCUGCUGGAAACCUUGUUAUUAGCAGCACAUAAGACUGUGGACCGAGGCAUUGCAGCAUCGCAAAGAUGCCUCCUGGAAAUUCUGCGGACAUUUGAGCGGGCCCAUCAGGUAACCUACAGCCAAAGCCCCAAGAUUGCAACCUUGAUGAAGCAAGUCAGCACCAGCCUGGAGAAGAAAGGCCGAGUGCACUUGGUUGGCUGGCAGACCCUUGGCAUCAUUGCUAUCAUGGAUGGAGUAGAGUGCAUCCACACCUUUGGCGCUGAUUUCCGAGAUGUCCGUGGCUUUCUCAUUGGUGAUCACAGUGAUAUGUUUAACCAGAAGGCUGAGCUCACCAACCAGGGUCCUCAGUUCUCCUUCUCCCAGGAGGAUUUCUUGACUUCCAUCCUGCCAUUCCUCACGGAAAUCGACACUGUGGUCUUCAUUUUCACCCUGGAUGAUAACCUCAAGGAGGUGCAGACCCUAGCAGAGCAGGUGAGGGAGAAGACCUCCAACAUUCAGGCCCUGGCACACAGCAUUGUGGGGCAGUCCUUGCCGAUGCCUCUCCUGUUCCUCUUUCUCUUCAGACCCCGCUGAAGUUUUUUCAUCAUCAGCAUUACAUGGCCAUUGCUUUUUUUUGAAUAUGAAGGAAACUUUGUCCAGAAGUUCCAGCGUGAGCUAAGCACCAAGUGGGUACUGAAUACGGUGAGUACAGGAGCCCAUGUGCUGCUCGGGAAGAUCCUACAAAACCACAUGCUAGACCUCCGCAUUAGCAACUCCAAGCUCUUCUGGCGGGCCCUGGCCAUGUUGCAGCGGUUCUCUGGACAGUCCAAAGCUCAAUGCAUCGAGAGCCUUCUACAAGUGAUCCACUUUCCUCAGCCACUGUCAGACGAUAUUCGGGCCGCUCCCAUCUCCUGUCACAUCCAGAUCGCACAUGAGAAAGAACAGGUGAUCCCGAUAGCCUUGCUGAGCCUUCUGUUCCGGUGCUCCAUCCCUGAGGCGCAGGCAUACCUGGCUGCAGCUCCUUCUGUCUGUGAGGCUGUCAGGAACGCCCUCACUGGGCCAGGUAGAAAGCGCAACGCAGACCCCCUGGAGACUCUAGAGCCUGCUGUGCAGUGAACUGGUUUCCUGGACACGUGAAGGGGGCCUGCCCUGGCCAGCCUGGGCCAAGGGGACUUGUGUCAGCAGCACACAUGGCGGGAGGGAGAGGCCCAAUUUCUAGGAGUACCAGCAGCCCAAGGCGGGGAGAAGGAUUCUCUCCAUUUUGGGGGAGAGUUCUUGCUCUUGACCCCGUGGUUUCCACUUUCACUGGCUUAUUAUGAUUUCAGAAAUAAAACUAAAUGUCUUAUUUUAAAAA